AUGGCCGACAAAGCCUGGAUCUUCAAGCCCAGCGCUGCCCACGCUCCCACGGCAGCAAAAUCACCAGGUACGGAUGCAAAUACCCAGGACAACCAAGAGCUCCUCUCGCUGGUAUCACAGUAUUUGCAGUCAAAUGGAUUCCCACAGGCCAGUCGAAAACUCUUGCGCGAAUCCGAGAAGCGGCAGAUAAAGAUCGAGCCUCCAAAGUCCCACUCCCUCUCUCUCUGUGACAUCUACCAGCGCUUUAGAACGGCCGUCGCACCUGCCUCUCCAUCCGCCCAGCUUGCCAGAGAAGCCGCCGACGAUACAUCUGAUACUCUUAGUGCUAAAUCAGCGGAGUCUUCUAAUAUGGCUAAGGAUUCAAAGCCUAAGAACCCUCGAAAGCGCCAGCGGUCUGCUUCAGUGUCGUCUAAUUCGUCAUCCACUUCAACAUCGUCAUCUGGUUCAUCUGGUUCCUCGUCCAGCUCCUCGAGCUCUUCAUCUUCGUCGUCAUCUUCGUCGUCAUCCCCUAACUCUUCGUCCUCGUCUUCUUCGUCCUCUUCGUCUUCUUCUGACUCCUCAUCAGACUCUGAAGACGAAUCUGACGAAUCUGACUCCUCAUCGGAUUCUUCAUCGGAUUCCUCUAGCAGUUCAGACGAGUCGUCUGAUGAUUCUUCUUCUGACAGCAGCGAUAGCGACAGUGACAACAAUAACAAGAAGAAAGCUACGAAAAAACCUACCAAGAACACUACCCCACCCCGUGAAAGGAAGAAACUAAAACUCAGCACACCUGCAAAGGAAUUACCGCACAAGGGUGAAUCUAAGAAGGCAACAGAAACCGUGGAAAGCGAAGAGGCGACCCCAGUAUUAUCAACGUCAACUGAAACGAAAUCCGAGAGUGGGACGGGAGAAAAAGUGAAGAACAAGCCUUUUUCGAGAAUUAAUAUCGAAAAAAUUACGUACGAAGACGAAGCUCUCAAAGAUAACAGCUUUAACGGCGCCACGUACGCCCAGCGGGCCCAUGAGGACCUGAUCGUCACAAGGGGCAAAGGUUUCACCAAGGAGAAAAAUAAGAAAAAGCGAGGUGCCUAUCGUGGAGGUGCGAUCGAUUUCGCUCCCAAGAGUUAUAAGUUCAAAGAUUAG